AAAACAUACGGUAUGGUCCUUGUGCUGUAUUGAAUCCUCAUACUAAAGGACAUGAAACAUCACGACUUCAGCAGGAGGCUCCUGGUGCUCUCUGUUCUUUCAACUAUCUUUGAUUCUCUUAAUGCGGUCGAAGUCUGUUCCAACACUAUUCUGCCAGGAUCUAAAGGAGACCUGGGUGAAGGGGGAGACGAGGGAGACCAGGGACGGCUGGGAAAGACCGGACCACCAGGACUACUAGGUCUGACAGGGGAGCUCGGAGAUAAAGGAGAGGUGGGCCGGAUGGGGAAGAUGGGUUCUGCUGGAGACAAAGAUAUUUGCCUUUGUGGUGACACUGUGCUACGCCUGCAGCCUGUUCAUGGGCUUCAGGAGGUGGCAGAUGUGAUGUGA